AGUGUAAACUCACACAGCAAGUCACGGGGUGACACUGUAUUAAACUAUUCGAAUUACAACAAUAAACAACGCUGUUAAGUUUGGACUAAGCUACAAAGCGGCCGGAAGGAGGGAAAAAGACUGGAUCGAAGAAGCUCCAAGGGUUUGUGGGCUGUGUGGGAAUGGGUUACAUUCCUUGCUUGUGCAAAUGGAGAAUAAAGGGAGCGACGAGGUGGAAACAUUGAAGACAAAGUUCUUGUCUGUGUGGCACAAUGUGAAGUACAGUUGGGCUCUGAAAUCAAAGACCUCAUUCAGUAGAAAUUCCCCAGUGCUUCUACUCGGAAAAUGUUACCAUUUUAAGGCUGAAGAUGACGACAGUGUUACAGAAGCCUGCUGCGAAGCCUCUGAUGAGGACUUCGUCAUGGGGAAUGUGGAGGCUUUCCGCAAGGACUUUGCAUCCCGAGUGUGGCUCACCUACAGGGAGGAGUUCCCUCCUCUGCCCGGCUCCACCCUGACCUCUGACUGUGGCUGGGGCUGCAUGCUGAGAGCCGGCCAGAUGAUGCUCUCUCAGGCACUUAUUCUGCAUUUCCUGGGCAGAGACUGGACGUGGUCGGAGGCUCUGGCGCUCCAGCCUUUAGACACAGAGACGUGGACUACCACAGCAGCCAAGCGUCUGGUGGCCUCUCUGGAGGCCUCUCUGCAAGGUUCCACCAGUCCCUCUGAUCACGGACCGACACCCAUGCAUCAGGCCCAGCUCCAGGCUCCAGGAUCUGCAGAGGAGGCAGAUGCACAUUUGAAAGAGAUGUACCAUCGCACUCUGGUGUCCUGGUUUGGGGACAGCCCCUCGGCUCAUUUAGGCCUCCACAGGCUGGUCCGCCUGGGCCUGACGAUGGGGAAACAGGCAGGGGACUGGUAUGGGCCCUCCGUGGUGGCACACAUCCUUAAGAAAGCUGUCGAGGAGGCGAUGGACCCUGGCUUGGCGGGUAUAACUGCUUAUGUCUCCCAGGACUGCACAGUGUACAGUGCUGAUGUCAUCGAUAGCCACCGAGCACCAGGAGCAGAGCAGAACUCUGAGAGAUCAGAUGCUCCUCCCUCCCCACAGAGCGACCACCCAGUGUCAGACGGCCGAGCUGUCAUCAUCCUCAUCCCUGUGCGGCUGGGAGGGGAGAAGACAAACCCUGACUAUUUUAACUUUGCAAAGAGCAUACUGAGUCUGGAGUACUGCAUAGGCAUCAUCGGAGGGAAGCCCAAACAGGCCUGCUACUUUGUAGGAUUUCAAGAUGACAGCUUGAUUUACAUGGACCCUCAUUACUGUCAGUCUUUUGUGGAUGUCAGCACCAGCGAUUUCCCUCUCCAGUCAUAUCAUUGCCCCUCACCAAAGAAGAUGCCUUUCAGCAAGAUGGACCCAAGCUGCACCAUAGGUUUCUACUCUAGAAGUGCUCAGGACUUUGAGAGAAUCAGCCAGGAGCUGUCAAAGGUGCUGCAGCCGUCAGCGAGGGAAAAAUACCCCGCGUUCACUUUCGUGCAAGGUCACGGCAGAGAUUACGACCUGUCUGCAGGCCUGACCCCGGAGAAGAGAGAGUGGCCCUUCAUCCGUGACCCGCGGAGGACGGUCACUACCACCGGGGACUUUGUGCUGCUUUGACAGCGCUGUUUAAAAGACUACUGACAGGGAACUUCUUCUUUUAAUGAAUUGAACCGCUUGAUAUCCAAAGCCUCGUGUCCAAGACUGUCGUGGCACUGAGGGUUAUUGAAGUUUUUUUUAAUAUAAACUCUGUUAAUAUAUCCUGGAAAUGUUGUUGCUGAGCAAUAUUCGCCAAAACUUUUAUUAACUGUUGCCAGGAAAUGUGAGCAGCCUGAACAUUUUGUCAGGAAGCCUUGGGACAUUUUCUUUUGGUGCUCUGCUUAAUUUAAUGACCUAAAAUGUUUUAUAUACUCAUCUAGAGAGGGGGAACAUCUAGGGGAACGGUCUUCAUUUUCACCAUCAUUUGUAAUUUUAUGGACCUGAGACAAGCUAUUGAUAGCAGCUAUAUGACCACAUCAGAUAUUGGAGAUUUGGCGUCAGACUUUUUCUCAAAGGGAUUUUUUUGCUGUUCAGCACUCCCUCGUCAACAUGCUUUCAUGGCUAAGAGUGACAUAGUAACCAUGAUUAAAAUCAGUGUUGGCUCACUUAUCAUACAUAUCAUUAGCAUUGUGCUAAGAGGAGUAUUCAUAAAGCCUUAAUUGAUAUGGGCCAAGGGCUCUCUGAAGAUGGAGCCAAGUAACUUUCCCAAACUUCUCUGCCAAAAACAUUUCAUCCAGGAUAAAUUCUUCACACGUCUGAUACACCUCGACAACAGAAGCAUAUGGGACACAUGCUUUGAAAGACAUUUUCUUCAUAAUUCUGCCAACAUUUUUUUUAAUUCAUGCUAGAGCUUGUUUUUGAGCAAUAAUAUAUGAUGGUUUUGUGUGCCAUAGCAUAUUUUAAGAGUUAUAAACUUUAACCAGGUUAGGCAUCACAGCACAAUAUCUCUCUCUGAAUUACAAAUGAAUUGUUUAGAUGUAAAAGUAUUUACUGUAUUUGUCUAAAACACACUGAAGUUAAAACUAAAUGAAGAAAACACUCCUCAGUCAGAUUCAGGGAAUUACAAUACAUGAUAAUAUAGUGUACUUGAAUUUAUUUGGAGUAGAAAUCUACACCUCAUAAAGACAUCAGACAUACAUACUAUACCACCCUUCCAAAUCAAUAUUAUUUGAUGUGUGCAAUUAACAAUUUUGGCCAACCAUUUCAAAGGAUUUUAAUAAUUACAAACCAUCCCGUUUGUAUUCAAAUAAGCAAUAAGUAAGAUACGAUGAGAUAAAAUAAGAUCACAUAAGCAUGUUUUGAUCCCCAGAGGAGAAAUUCAGGUGCAAUAAGAAACACAAAAUGGAUUUUUUAACCUUUCAUGUCAUGUUUGGUAAUAUUUCUCCAGCAGUAACUUUGUUAUUUAUUGCCAUUCUUCUACCUUUACAGUAUCAACACCUUAACAAACUUAGUUGGUUACAACUGCACUUUGAUUUAUCACUUCAAAAACAAUGAAGUAUUCCAACUGUUGAAUCUUUUUCACGUGUUUUCCUGCAUUACAACACUUUCAUUUCUGUUUGUAUCAUUUAACUUACAAAAGGUAUAUUAAAAGGUAUUAUGUUUUUUAACACUACCAGGCAUAAUAAGUCAAAUAAAGUGAAAAUAUUUGAAUUUCUUAA